AAGGGGCGACGAGAGCAUCAGACCCUGCCAAAAUUAAAACUCGGCAUCCUGCGGGCGGACCAAUGGAGCAAGGGUUGCCCCUCGACAGCCAAUAAGCGGCGAGUAGUCACCUGUGUGCUCAGAAGGGUAGCACGCCAUGGGGCGCGUCGAGGGGUGCUCCGGCCGCGGCGCCACAGUCCCAAGCGGCCACACGACGGCGGCACUCGCGGCUCUGCUGCCGCCGAUGACCACCCAAACCAUGGAGUAGGACGACACCCUCAGCCCCCGGCCAGCCCGGAGCCACACGGAGGCCAAUGGGCAUCGCGGAGCUGAUAGGUGGGCCGCGGUUCGCGGCAUACCUUCAGGAAUGUCGCGAGUCGAGACGCUUGGUUUUGAUCAUCGUGGCGAUCGCCCUCCUCUUGGACAACAUGCUCCUUACCACCGUUGUGCCGAUCAUACCUGAAUUUCUGUACGAGAUUCGGCACCCGAACGAGAGCCGCAUGACGACCACCGUUGCCCCGUUCACCGUGACCACCCCGAUGGCGCCGAUGACCGACCUGGAGGACGCGAACUGGUCCCGAGGCCUCAACGUCUCCACCACCAUCUCGCCGGAGCAAGAAAAGAAGUUGCAGCGGCACAAGGACUUGAUAGAGGAAACCGUGGCUGUCGGAAUUAUGUUUGCUUCAAAGGCUUUUGUGCAACUUCUCGCCAACCCCAUCGUCGGCCCUUUGACUCACAAGAUCGGAUACAGCAUCCCUAUGUUCACCGGCUUCAUCAUCAUGUUUCUCUCCACCAUUAUUUUUGCUUUUGGUCGAAGCUACAGCGUUCUGUUUAUCGCACGGGCACUGCAAGGAAUUGGUUCUUCGUGUUCCAGCGUGUCAGGAAUGGGCAUGUUGGCUGAACGAUACCCAGACGACAAGGAGAGAGGAAACGCCAUGGGCAUCGCUCUGGGUGGUUUGGCGCUCGGAGUUUUGAUAGGACCACCCUUUGGCGGAGUCAUGUACGAGUUUGUGGGGAAAUCUGCUCCUUUCCUGAUUCUAUCUGCGCUUGCCCUUGGAGAUGGAUUGUUGCAACUUUUGGUCCUGCAGCCCGCAGUGGUAAAGCAAGAAGCCGACCCGCCAUCGAUGAAGGCACUUGUCAGCGAUCCUUACAUCAUUAUUGCUGCAGGCGCCAUCACUUUUGCGAACAUGGGCAUUGCCAUGCUGGAACCCUCGCUGCCCAUCUGGAUGAUUGACACAAUGGGUGCAGACAGGUGGAAGCAGGGUGUCACCUUCCUGCCAGCCAGCAUCUCCUACCUGAUUGGAACCAACUUGUUUGGGCCCCUGGGUCACCGCAUGGGACGCUGGUUGGCUUCUAUGAUAGGACUCAUUGUAAUCGGCAUAUGCCUAAUGCUGAUCCCUCUGGCAACAAGCAUCAAACACUUGAUCAUCCCAAACGCUGGACUUGGUUUUGCAAUCGGCAUGGUCGACAGCUCGAUGAUGCCGGAGCUGGGUUAUUUGGUCGAUAUACGACACACGGCAGUCUACGGUUCAGUUUACGCAAUUGGGGACGUUGCAUUCUGCCUGGGAUUUGCAGUUGGGCCUGCUUUGAGUGGCACUUUGGUCAACACCAUCGGUUUUGAGUGGAUGCUGUUCGGAAUCGCGAUUCUGAACUUCCUGUACGCUCCGCUUUUGUUCAUUCUCAAAAAUCCACCCACUCGAGAUGAGAAAAAGACACUGGUGGCCGGAGAAAAAGCAUCUGUAAGGUAUGUGACCUACCAGAAUGAGGAGGACGAUGAAUAAAAAAGAAAAUACAAGACACGGAACAAUAAGUAGGAAUGAGCUUGUGGUGGAGAUAUUUCUGACCAAUCUCUGCCAUGACCUUAUUGGAAUUGAUUUCUGAAAUGUCGAUAUUUUUUGAGAACUUCUUUAAAACGAACGAGACAAGAAUUUGAGAACAAUCACAAUGAAAUUGAACGAGUUUAGCGAUGACAAAUAACAAUAAUAGUUAUAUCGACGAAGAUCAUACUUUAGGCCUACUUUGAAGCAACAAAGCUUGAGAAUCGAUUAUUCUUUCAAUCAUUUUGCUGGAUAUGACAAAUAAAUGAUAUCAAAUGGAAGUGGCAUAGAUUCAAACUGAAAUUCAAAAUUUAAAACAAAGGACUUCCCUUGAUAGUUUCUCGAAUGGCUGCGCGGAACUUGCUGCUCAAAAGUGGCGGAAAAGGGGUUAAAUUUUGUCAAAGUCCAAUUUCGGCUCUGCAAAUAAAUUGAAGUUCGGCUCGUUUUGCUCAAAUUGAGACUCGAAGCCCUUCCAUGCAAAUUUACCUACCAAGCAUUUAAAAUCAAAUAUCAUAAUGGAAAGACUCUUGUGGAAUAUUACCAAAGAAAUAAUGUGCGUCUAUAAAAAUGCCUCCCACAAAAAUAUUCGAUAUUAUAUAUUAUACACAGAUUAUACACCACUGGAUGUUAGGUGUUUGCUGUUGAUGUAUGUUAAGUGGAAAACGUAGUCUAACCCAUUUAUGUUUUACGUUAACGUACCAACAAUCUUCAGUGUCCGAGCUGAAGGAAAAAUGCUGAGAACAACAUCAACACUAAUCUCGGUGUCUAUUCUACUACCAAUAUUGACGAGUUAAUUAAUCACACAUGAUUGGAGUAUUUGGUGUUGCUACGAAAGCCCAGGGCGGCUGAAAAUAUGUGUAUUCCAAAGGCAAAGCUGGUUAAAAGGGUCCGACAACACUCAUAUAAUCUACCCUUACUGGGGGCUGCGGCCACUAUGGAGCCGCUAUGGCAAAAUAAUCAAGUCAAAAUUAUUGUAAAAGAUACACGUCUAUCAGUCGAAGAAUAACUAUGUGGAUUAUAAGUGUGAAUAUGUAAUUUGGGUUUCAAGAUGUAUUGAGUGCCAAUAAACAAAUAAAUAACCUGAUGUUUGAUACACGCAACGAAUAAAGUUGACGUUCUGUGUGGA